CUCUAUGAUGCCGGCACACUGCUACCUUUCCGUGUGUGUUUUCUCUCCUGCAGGACCUCUCUCACUGUGGCAGCGGCUGCGUCUGGCGCAGGGAGCAGCGGAGGGGCUGGCGUACCUGCAUGAGUUUGACACGCCCAUCCUGCACCGCGACAUCAAGCCCGCCAACGUCCUUGUGACUGCCGACAUGCAUGACAAGGUGGCUGACUCCGGGUUGCUCAAGUGCCUCACACACAGCGUGUCCGACGCCACCAGGGUGGUGGGCACGCCCGGCUAUGUGGACCCUGACUACAACCGCACCAAAAUCAUAACUGCCAAAAGUGAUGUCUUCAGCUUCGGCAUCGUUCUUCUGGAGCUGCUGAGUGGGACGACACCCUCCUUUCAUGAAGUGCAUAUCCGAGAAUGGGUACGUCCAGCCCAUGCACAUUCCUCCCUGUCCCUGCUCUUUGAGUUCCUGAGCAAGGACUUCUCAACUUGGCUGAAGAAGCAGGGCAUAAGGCACUCUCUUACCAUGCCCUACUCUCCUGCAAUGAACGGCAUCGCCGAGCGUGCGAAUCGGACACUCACGGAGACGGCUCGGGGACUUCUCAUUGAAGCCGGUCUACUCAAUUACUUUUGGCCGGAUGCGGUGCGGCAUGCUUGUGUGGCCAAGAACAGAGCCUUGACUCAUGGUGCUAUUGCAUUGGCUAAGAACCCGGUUCUUCAUGGCCUUACCAAGCACAUGAAGGUGAAGUGGCAUUGGGUGAGGAGCAUGGUAACCGCGGGUGAAGUGGAGUUGCACUACGUGAAGACGACGGCGCAGCCAGCUGAUAUGAUGACCAAGAGGCUGGUUGAGCAGCAGCAUUGGAAGUGUUGCAAGCUUGCUGGGAUGUCUCUGAACUAAGGGGAGCAGAUUCUAAGGCCAACAAUCCGAGGG